AAGUUAGUUAACUGACUGACUUAAUAAUAAUGAAGAUUAGGUUGAAUGGGUUCGCCCACGAGUCACGUCCUAUUACUGCUUCAAACGCCUCCUAAGCAGAGUGGUAAUCCUAUUCGCAUGUAGAUUGCAUUCGUGGGGAUGCGCCAUACGGAGCUCAUAGUAUCCGCAUCCACUGCGGAAUCAAUUCGCCCCCAUCUUCGGCAACGGAAUAUACCCACGAUAUAACGCAAUAGAAGAGUAUAUAUAUAUGAUAUGGCCCCAGCAGGGUUCGUAGAAAUCACCAGUCUCCUUCCUACCCUUAUUCUUGAGUGUCUCAUCCAGAUCCCACACGCAACUCCGAAACUUCGCAUCACCUAAAACCAAGCAGAACAACUUCUCCCUGCCCACAGUGAAGAUGCCCGACGCUGUGAAGAUAAUUCCGAGCGUGAAACUCAACGAUGGCAUUUCUAUCCCGAUUCUCGGGUAUGGCGCAGGGACCGCCUGGUAUAAGAAAGCGGGAGACACCAAAAUCAAUAGGGAACUGGUGGAGUCGGUCAAAACUGCCAUCAAGCUAGGGUAUAAUCAUCUGGAUGGGGCAGAAGUCUAUAACACCGAGGAGGAACUGGGUCUUGCGGUCAAGGAGAGUGGUGUGGAAAGAGAGAAGCUCUUCGUGACCACGAAGGUUAUCACCAAUAUCGCUGAUAUUCCAAAAGCGAUUGAUGCGAGUCUGCGGAAACUCCAGCUUAGUUAUGUAGAUUUGUAUCUGAUCCAUUCCCCCUUCUUCGCCAAAUCCGACAAGGAGUUACAAGAUGCCUGGGCCGCUAUGGAAGCAGUCAAGGAGUCCGGAAAGGCAAGGUCUAUCGGGGUGUCCAACUUCCUGCAAAGUCAUCUCGAAGUCAUCCUUAAGACCGCCAAGGUGCCUCCAUCGAUCAAUCAGAUCGAGUUCCACCCGUACCUUCAGCAUGGCGGUCUUGUCCCUUUCCACCAAGAAAGAGGGAUCAAGACAGCCAGCUAUGGACCCUUGACUCCUAUUAUUCGCGCAAAUGGGGGACCUUUGGAUGGCCUGCUCUCGGCCCUGGCAAAGAAGUAUGCCGUUAGCGAGGCCGAGAUACUGCUGAGGUGGUCCAUAGAUCGCGGCGACGUGACAAUCACUACAAGCAGCAAGGAAUCGCGUCUUGUCAGUUACUUGCAGGCUCUGACCUUCGAAUUGACUCCCAGAGAGAUCAACGAAAUUUCAGAAUUGGGCCAGCAGAAACAUUUCAGGGCCUUCUGGCAAGACAAAUUCGCAGCAGACGAUCGUUCAUAGUAACCACUGGUUGUCAAUGUUGCCAGACAUCCAGGUCGAUAAGGGGUACACAUGCAAGGACUGCCAACCAGUGCAUAUUCACCCCUGUUAUGGAAUCUACUAUGGCAGUAAUUACCGUUUCACCUAGCGUCUCAAGAAACGAAGGUCAAAUAUAUCAAUCUCAAGUGUCAUUUAUGGAGUGAUGUAAUACAUUCUCAAGUCGGGUAACGUACUGCAGUAGUUUAA